CAGAGCUGCCAACGUUGCAGACUUGGCACCCACGCUUGACUAAACUGUGCCAGAGCUGCCAACGUUGCAGACUUGGCACCCACGCUUGACCAAACCAUGCCAGCGCUGCAAACAUGAACUCAGAAGAUUUGGUACUCAAACUUGAUCAAACUAUAGUGACCAAAGUAACAACAGUUCCUGCAUUUUUCCAUAAUGUCUGAACUAACAUUAUCAGCAAACUACCAUCAAGGUGAUACAGUUUUCAACGAUGCAAGUAGAGGUAGACAAUGCACGUCAAAUUGUUUGAUUGCUAUUGUUUAUCACAAUAUCUGCAAACAGGUAACAACAUGGAACAGUACAGAUCUUGACAUUAUUCUAUUCAAAGGUGAUGAACUUUACAUGUCCAUAAAGUCAUCACUACCUACGGGUGUUGAGUAUUUAUCAGUUGAUGAUCUACCAGAAUAUUUACAAGUUAACAACAAUUUUGAUACUGCACACAUAUCCAUCAAACAAUCCUACACAGGUGACAUCUUUACCACAGAAGCGGAGUAUCCUUACUAUACAUUACAAAAUGCCCUGACAGAAGCAUUUGAUAUAUCUGACACCUGUUUCUUUAUAGCAGCAUCAGAAAUGUCAGGUUCAACUGUAGCUUUACUUUGCACACAUAACAAGUAUUUUGUCUUUGAUUCACAUGCCAGAAACCAGCAUACAGCAUUACCAGAUAUUGACGGCUUAUGCACUUUAAGUAUGCAUGUAUCAAUCAGUGACCUAUGUAUAUUCUUACAACAACUUUUUCAGAAUGAAAAGAUAGCAUGCAAUUUUGAACUUGUACCUGCAGAAAUAAAAAGUGUAGGCUGUUCAACAAACCCUACUGAUGUACUCUGUGAUCCUAUGAGUUGCAGCAAUUCAUCCAUAAUAAGCCCUUUGGUUAGUUCCCCUCAAGAACAAAGUGCCAACUCCACAGCUGGAAUACAAUCAUGUGAUGAUAUUGAGAAAAUGACUUUGCCAAGAGCAAAAGGAAUGCUACAACACAUUCCUAGAACACAAACAAACAAUAACAACAACAAUGACUAUACAACAAACAAAGCUGCCAAGCGAAGGGCGCAAUACAAAAGAAGAAUAGAAAACGAAUCUAGCAUGGAAAAAGCAGAAAGAUUAAAGAAGAAAAGGGAGACAAACAAAGCUAACAAACAAAACGAGACAAAUGAUCAAAAGGCACAAAGACUUGAGAAAGAACGAUUGAGAAAAAGAAGCAAGAGGCAACAACUGACAAAUGAGCAACAUAAGCAAACACUUGAACAAGACCGAUUGAGAAAAAGAAGCAAGAGGCAACAACUGACAAAUGAGCAACAUAAGCAAACACUUGAACAAGACCGAUUGAGAAAAAGAAGCAAGAGGCAACAACUGACAAAUGAGCAACAUAAGCAAACACUUGAACAAGACCGAUUGAGAAAAAGAAGCAAGAGGCAACAACUGACAAAUGAGCAACAUAAGCAAACACUUGAACAAGACCGAUUGAGAAAAAGAAGCAAGAGGCAACAACUGACAAAUGAGCAACAUAAGCAAACACUUGAACAAGACCGAUUGAGAAAAAGAAGCAAGAGGCAACAACUGACAAAUGAGCAACAUAAGCAAACACUUGAACAAGACCAAUUGAGAAAAAGAAGCAAGAGGCAACAAGAGACAGAUGAGCAACAUAAAAAAAGACUUCAAAAAGACCAAUUGAGUAAAACAAGCAAGAAACAAGCCGAAACACAUGACCAAAAGAUGCAAAGAAUUGAAAAGCAAAGAUUAAACCGAAAAGCUAAAACAUUACACGAAACUCCUGAUGAAAGACAUCAGCGACUGAGAAAGUGUUGUGACUAUCAAAGACGUGCAACUGCCAAGAAAUAUGUUAAAGAACAUAGCACAACCUUCACUGACUAUACCAGUGAACAAUACAAAUCAGAGUAUCCUGCAUUUCAUUGUUAUAUACAGCAACAACCUAAGUACUACUGUAUAAUCUGUAAAAAACUUUUAUUUCAUGAUCAAGUUCAAAAUUGCAGCAACAACACUAUUGCUGACACAAUAGUGAAUCAAAGUGAUAAUUCUGGUCAAUACUUUCUCUGUUCAAAAUGCUCAACUUUUCUUGAUAAACAGAAACCUAUACCUAAUGCUUGGAGUAAUAAUAUGGACCCAGGAGAUAUCCCAUUAUGCCUAAAACAGCUGACUAGAAUGGAAACAAGACUUGUUAGUCUAAAAUAUACAUUUAUUAAGCUGAUCGUCUUACCAGGUGGACAAUAUGGUGAACAAGGACAAGCCAUAAGUUUUCCUACCAACAUUGAAACUUCUUGUCAACUAUUACCACGCAGCCAAGAUACAGCUGGACUGGUAAUAGUGCAUCCUUCCCAGACAGAUAAAACUCAAAUUCAAAGUACAGAUCCGCAACACAUUGUACGCUUUUCCAAAAUGCAUGAAGCACUUACAUGGCUAAUUGAGCACAAUCAUCUCUACUCACAUGUCAACAUAGCUACUUUUGCAGACUGGGCAGAACAUUCAAGUGAAUUCAACCCAGUGGCCACAGACCAUGAUGAAACAGAUUUAUCAAGUGUACCUUCUGAUGUCCAAGAACUCUCUUCUUUUCCUUGUAAUUACAUCAAUCCAGACAUAGAUUUACAAUCUCUGCUACAGGGUACAAUUGACAAUGUACCAGCAAUAUCGCUACCUCGUGAAACAUCAACACCACAAAGUAUCUUUAAAGAGACUGAUCUUGAGGAACACUGUUUUCCACAGCUAUAUCCAUAUGGUAAAAAUGGCUUCAAACAGACACGUGAUGUAUCACUAACAGACUUGCAGUACUUCCAAUCACGUUUGCUAAAUAUUAACGACCGCUGGAGGAAAAACAUCCCAUGGCUCUUCUUUGCCUUAAACUCAUAUGAAAUAAAGAAACUGUACAAUCAAAUAUCUAUUGUAUGUAGAAUACAGAAACAGGGAAAUGUAACCUCACAGUCCUUGGCACAGCCAGUAACAGCAGGCGAUUUCCAUCAGCAAAUCAAUGAAGAUGUUCAAAGUACAUCAUAUACUUUUAUGAAGAACAUCCGUGGAACAGCAGGUUAUUUCAAAGACCAACUACUAAACUUACUAGCAAAAAUAAAUACUAUUGGUCCACCAACCUGGUUUGUAACUAUGUCUGCUAAUGAUUUGAACUGGCCAGAAUUAUUCAUGACCCUCAAUCCAGAUCUUACCUAUGAACAAGCUAAAGUAUUACCUCAGCAAGUAAAAUGGAACCUGAUGAGAUCAGACCCUGUCAUGUGUGCCAUACACUUUAACCGACGCACUGAUGCAGUUCUACGUUUCAUACUGAACAGCCAUAACCAUCCUAUUGGUGUGAUAACUGACCACUGGAUUCGUGUUGAGUUCCAGUUACGAGGUUCGCCGCAUUUGCACUGUAUGUUCUGGGUUGAAAAUGCCCCCGACCUUGAUACUAUAGAAGGAAGACAAAGCGCACCUGCAUUCAUUGACAAGUAUAUUUCCACACAACUACCAGAUGACCAAAACUCUCUGCUGUAUCAACUAGUGUCCAAAUACCAGACUCAUCAUCACACCAGUACGUGUAAAAAGAGACGAGUAAACUGCCGAUUUUACUUUCCUCGAGAAGUUUCAGACACAACAAGACUCAGACUGGAUGUUGAUCCAAACAGAAGUGCACAGUUUUAUGUCACAAAGCGAGCACAGCGAGAUAUCUGGAUAAAUGCAUUCAACCCUACAUUGCUCAUGCACAUGCAAUCUAAUAUGGACAUACAAAUGGUUGGUUCCAAGUAUGGUGCUGCUUAUUAUGCGUGCAUGUACAUCUCAAAAGCUGAGCCUGAAAAUCUUCGAAGAGCCAUUUCAACUGCUCUGUCUACUCUUCCACCUCAGAGUACAAAAAGACAACGUUUGGCCCAAAUUGGGAACACAGUACUUAGUCAUCGUUUGGUCAGUGCACAAGAAGUUGGAUACAGACUUGCAAACCUGCCACUCAUAAGAUCAUCAAGACAAACUCUCUCAAUAAACACCAGACCACCAGAGAGUAGAAUGCGCCUGCUCAAACCCAGAGAUGAACUUGCUCAACUUGAUAACGCAUCAACAGACAUUUUCAUAAAAGGCACUGCACAGUAUUAUGCAAUGAGACCACAUGGUGAGAUAUGGGACAAAAUGUCAUUAUACACAUUUGCAGCAUCCUACUCAAUGAUCUCAACUGAACCAUCUAGUUCUUGUGAAAGUUUCAAGUUGCAGGAAUGUGACAAAUGGAUAAAGAAACGCAGCAAAUAUGCAUGUGUUAGAGGCACAAGACUGAGCUCUGGAAAUGGAGAUGACUAUUUUUAUGGUCUGUUAUAUCUAUACUGCCCUUGGAGGGAUGAAAAUGACAUAUUACAUGGCUACACUUCUGCCCAAGAUGCUUUCAUUGCAAAAAAGAAUCUAUUUGACUAUAGCAUUGCACAACAUGUGCAUUUCACAUCAGAAAUAGAACAAGCCAUCAUGCAAGUGCGCCUGCUGUCAAAUGAUCUUUCAUCUAUUGCCGAUACUCUUGCACCCAAUGUGACUCAUCAGCAGCUACAAACUUACCAUGACUUUGACACUGCUGACCUUUAUCUUGAUCCACAUUGGACAUCACAAAAUGCACAUCAAGCAACAGCUGCUACCCAAACUACUACAGCACACGAUGUUGACAACAUAUCUGAAAAUCUUACUAUAGUACAUGAUGAUUCACUGGCAUGGAAUACUCUGACUUCCAACACAAUGACAGAUGAUGCAUUCUACCAAGCACUUACUAACAUGUCACAUGACCAACAACAGGUCUUUAACACAAUCAAAGAGCAUUUUACAGAACUGCAAAAACAUCAUGCUAACCAAGGUAAUCCCAAACCUCAGCCUUUACGGCUCCUUGUAACAUCAGGAGCUGGUUGUGGCAAGAGUUUUCUUAUAAAAGUCCUCAAUGAAUACUUGAUCAGAAUAUCAAACCACCCAACAUCUCCUGUCAUUCUCACUGCACCAACAGGUGUCGCCGCCUUCAACAUAGGAGGCUCUACAGUACAUUCAGCUUUGUCACUACCAGUUGACCAUACCCAAAGAGGGAAAACAAAAUACCUACCCCUCGGUGCUGAAAAACUGUCACAACUUCGUCGCAAGUUCAACAACAUUCAUACAAUUUUCAUAGAUGAAAUCAGUAUGAUAAGCAAUGACAGACUAGAACACAUUCACCUCCGCCUAUCAGAGAUCAAAGACACUACAGCAGACCAACACAGCUACUUUGGGAACUUGAAUAUCAUUGUGUUUGGCGACUUCUUCCAGCUGAAACCUGUGUUUGGAAAAUUCAUAUUUGAAGACUCACAAAAUCAUCAAGAACCAUUCCCUCACUUAUGGAGAUCAUUUUUUAAGCCAUUAUUCCUUACAAUCAAUCACAGACAAGAAAAUGACAAACAGUACACAGAGCUGCUAAACAGAGUCCGUCUUGGCCUCCCCAGCAGUGCAGAUAUCAAACUUCUCGAAAGUCGUCUCAUGACAAAAUCAGACAUUGAGCAGUCUCCAUUUUCAUCAGCACUUCAUAUCUUUCCAACAAGGAAGCAAGCUGCAGAAUAUAAUAAAGAGGAACUUGAAAGACUGCACCUUCAAACAAACACACAGGUACAUAUACUAAAAGCAAAUGAUGAAAUGAUUGAUGGUCCUGUAAAUACAAAAAGCAUCCCUGCAGACGAUCUCAUAUCAGCAAACACAAGUGAAACAGCUGGUCUUGAAAAGAACCUUCAUCUUGCCCAAGGAUGCCGUGUUAUGCUCUUAAGAAACAUAUUAAGUGAAGACGGACUUGUAAAUGGUGCACAAGGCACAGUUGAAGAGUUUUUAUUUCAAAGCUCUGCCACAAAUGAACAGUCAAAUGUAAAUGAACAAGUAAUUACUGGAGUUUAUGUCAAGUUUGAUAACCCCAAGGUUGGCCAAACAAUACAGGACCCUUCCAAAAACAAUGCUAUUCUUAUUUCACCAAUCACAGCAAGAUUUUUUGCACAUUACAGCACAGUGUUUACUCGAACACAGUAUCCGCUCCAACUUUCGUACGGGUCAACAGUGCACAAAGUACAGGGUUUGUCUUUGACAAAAGCAGUACUUGACAUUGGACAUAAAGUGUUCUCCCCUGGUCAAACAUACGUUGCACUCAGCAGGGUUACUUCACUUGAAGGAUUAGCACUUCUAGCUUUUGAACCAAAGAGAAUCUCUGUCUUUCAAUCUGUUAUAAAAGAAAUGACCAGACUAACUGAAAGUGUUGAACAGAAUAAACAACCUCAGCAAUCAAAAGAUACUUAAAGUUACAUAACAAUCUACGAAUACAAACUACAAUGAAACAAUCUCAUCCCCCCACCCCAAAAGUUGAGAAAUUCUGUGUUCAAAGAAAACAAAAGACUCACAAAAACUUUCUUCUUCAAGAACAACAACAAUCAAAAUGUAGAAUCAAAAAGUACAUAAUAAUACAUUACUGUUUACCUCACACCACUAAAUAUAUAAAGACCUAACUAUGCAGCUACUGCAAACCGCACAUAGCACCUCUCAGAAAUUCCAACAAACACCCUUGCUCACUAUUAAAAUAGAACAAUCUGCCUCAGAAUGUAACAAUUUGCAAUACAUACAAAUUUUAUUCUCAUGUCACUGUACCAAACUCUCCUUGCUGUACUUAUACAAUUGCAGGGUCCCUUGAAUUCAACCACCGCACAUCUUUACUUCAGCAAGCAAAAUAUGUUACACAAAAUUGAACCUAUUCAGAACCUCCAUAUAUACAGCAUAUCUUCCUCUUUUCAACCUCCUUGAACAUAUUAAACAUGGUCUCCUUCACAUCUGCUUGGAGAUCAAUGACGUUUCACACACAUAAACAGGACUACAACAGCCAUACGAAACAUAUUAAGUUUUUCAAUUUGUACUACAGCUGUAAGGGAAAACAAAAAAUAUUUCAAACAUAUUUCUGUACUCUCCAAGAGUAUUAAUUACACUUCUUUGAUGUAAGUCAUUACAAUAUAAAAGAAAGAUUCCAAUCAGGUGCCUGAACUUGCAACUUGAAUCUGCAAUCAUUCCUCCCAUUAGUUUCGCAACAUCGCAAGUUUCGCUUUCGUGAUUCGUCCAGAGUACAGACCUCCACUGGCUGCCAGGCAC